AUGUCGAGCAACAGCACUGACGAUUCGGAUGAUGAAGCCUUUGCAAUGCGUCAAGCUGUUGCAGCAGCACUGUUUCCUGAAGCUGAAGAUGAAAGUUUGAAGAAGAAGAACGAACUUGAAGGAGCCGCAACCUGCGGGGACUCCCCGCAGCAAGAAAGUACUACUACGUCUUCGGCAGGUCCGCAGAGCCAGGAAGAGCACUUGACUGUCAAUGCGGGCGGGAAGCAUGAACCUUCAAAGCCUCUUACCUGUGGCACCAAGCAGUCGAUUGCACCCAUGAAUGCUGGACCCUCUGAAACGAGACAGUGUGAAGGAACACAGGGCAGCUCGAAGCAUGGUGAGGUUGCCGGCAGUGACAAAGAUGUGGAGACUAUGGACCAAGAAAACGAUGAGGGUCAUCUCCGUCUUGCCAUAGGAUUGGUUCCAGGAGCCUACCAUGUGUCUCAUCCUGAUGCGACAGGGCAGGAUGAUUGGUGGCAAGACGCUGAAGAUGCUGAAAGCAACAACGAGACCCAAGAAGUGCAAGACCCUGCAAGCUCAGGGGGGCAGAUAGUCUUGACCGGAACUCUCGUCCGUGAAAUGAGCAAUCAGAACUUGGCCGCCCAAGAUGAAGAGCUCGGCGGUCUCCAUGCCAGUGAAGAGCCGAUUGAUGGUGUCAAAGAACAGACUCCUACGCAAGAACGUCGUCGGUUUAUCGUUGCUAUGACUUGCAUUCUCAUCUUAAUGCUCGUCAUUCUGAUCAUGAUUCUGACCCUUGCCGGAGUAUUUCAAUCAGGCUCACCCUUUGACCAGGAAGCGUCUCCCAUUGCCAGCAGCGUGGCUUCUGGCAAUGCCACCACAUCACCUAUCCAAGGAAGUGUGCCAGGACACAUCAAUGCUACCGAAGACAACGGCAAGAUGACCACAAUCGAGCAAAUUCAAAAGCAAGGAUACCUGCCUUGUGCCUAUCAAGAGUUCAUGGGAAUCAUGUAUAAGGAUAAGAGUGGCAAAGUUGUUGGGUUUGCUGCAGCAUACUACUACGCCGUUGCGGCUGCGUUGGGAGUGGAAGUCAAGUUUUUUCCCAAGGACGAGCCCAAUGGAAUGUCUGAGCUUUUCUGGACCAGAUCUCAUACCAUGGAGCUUCAAGUCAAGGAGUCACUCUCCUUCACCACACCAAUAUCGUAUGCUGGGCUUCAAAUGGCUGGUGAUCCCACAAUGAUUGAGCACUGUGUAGACAAGGGCCUGAGACACACCGGGAACUGUUCCACUCUGCGGGUGUGCGUGGAUUCAGUUGAUUCUGAAUCAUCACACCUUGAUACUCUAAGCAAAUUGCUGCCACAGAGACUCAUUAUUGGAAUCAACUUAAUCAACGGUUCUUCAGCCUUCACUGGCCUAGUUGAAGGUGUUUGCAAUGUGGUGGCAAGGGACAGCUUCUUUGUGGCUCCCAUGUUUGCCCAGAUAUCAGGUUACGAUGGACACUAUGCCAUCAGUGAUACUUUCUUCUCAAGGCAACCGGUUGCCUUCGUCACUUCCAGCAAAGACCCUGAGUUCUCUAGCUUGGUGAAUGGUGUUGUGGAAGCUCUCUAUGUGGCAGAACAGCUAACAUAUCAAAGAAACAGCAGACAAGUUCCCUUUGACAAUGGCAUUUGGCCCUGA